UUUAGUUGACACGUUUCCUUUUGAGGUAACUUUUUUUUUACCUUACAUUUAUAAGCUACCUCACUUGCUUAAUCAUUCUCUCUCACUCCAUCUCCUCUCCUUAAUAUAUGUGCUUAAAUCAAACGCGUCAACUAAAUUGAAACGGAUGAAGUACAAGUAUAAUGUCACUCAAAAAAGUCUAAAAGUUGCCCUAAAUUCAAUUAAAGAUACCUUGAUAUAUAGUAAUAUUAACGUACAUCGCAUGUAUACAAAAGUUUUUAUAAAAGUAUAUUUACAUUUUACAAAAUUGUGAAAGAAAAGAAAAAAGUUGAUACAUAUAAAAACCCAAAAUGGCAAAAUUACUACGAGUAAAAAUACAAAGUAAUCAACCAAAAAAGAAAUUAAAUACAAAUACUCCAAGAGAUGAAGUGUCAUUUUUUGUACAUCCCUAAUAAUGAGUAUCAAAAUGUUAUAGCACACAACAAACUUAUUUGACCCGGCAACUCAAUAACUCAUCAAUCUUCGUAGGCCCAAAAAAAAAAAAAUCCGGGUUAUAUAGGCCACACACCAAAAUUUUCUAUCAAUCUUUCAUCAUAUAUAAAUACAACAUACUGAUAUUCAUAAAACAAAGUAAGACAAAACUAAUGUAGAUUAAAAUGGCAAAUAUCACACAAAAACAUAGAGCUCAUAUUCUAGCCGUGCCUUAUCCAAGUCAAGGGCAUAUAUGUCCCAUGCUACAAUUUUGUAGACGUCUAGUCUCCAAAGGUGUUAAAGCAUCCCUAGCCAUCACUAACCACAUCUCCACCACCCUAAACCCCGAACCCGAUGACCAUGUUAGCCUCGUAACCAUCUCUGAUGGCUACGAUGAUGGUGGAUUCUCAGGAGCUGAUAGUGUUGCAGCCUACCUUGCCAAUCUUGAGGUUGCAGGGUCCCAAUCCCUAGGGAUCCUAAUUGAGGAACGUGUUGGUACAAGUGACACUAUAACUUGUGUAGUGUACGAUGCAUUUUUACCGUGGGGUCUAAAUGUUGCAAAGAAAUAUGGACUACUAGGGGCUCCAUUUUUUACCCAAGCAUGUGGGGUGAAUUAUGUAUAUUAUUUGAUUUAUCAUGGGAAGUUUACCAUGCCGGUAUCUUCACCACCGGUGGAUAUUCAAGGGCUGCCUACGUUAGAUGUCGGCGACUUACCGUCGUUUGUGGGCUCACCGGAGUCUUACCCGGCUUACCUAGAGUUGGUUUUGAACCAAUAUACUAACUUGGGUGAUACUGAUUUUGUGCUUGUCAACACUGUCUAUGAGUUGGAGGAUGAGGUAGUUGAUGUAAUGUCCAAAGAAUGUCCAUUGCUAACAAUUGGACCGACAAUUCCAUCCUUUUACGUGGACAAUCGAAUACCACAUGACAAAGAAUACGGCCUAAGUCUCUACCCUAUUGACCCUACUCCUAUCACCAAUUGGUUAAGCACAAAGCCAUCAAAGUCCGUGGUUUACGUCUCAUUUGGUAGCAUGGCAUGUUUAACAAAGGCUCAAGUUGGAGAAUUAGCAUGGGGGUUGCAACAAAGCAAAUACCACUUCUUGUGGGUGGUUCGAGCUUCCGAGGAGGGCAAGCUUCCAAAGGGCUUUGUUGAUGAGAAAGGGCUAAUAGUAAGAUGGAGUCCACAACUAGAGGUACUUUCUAGUGAGGCAAUCGGAUGUUUCUUUACUCAUUGUGGUUGGAACUCGACACUAGAGGCAUUAGUUAUGGGCGUCCCUAUAAUAGGGAUGCCACAAUGGACCGACCAACCUAUGGAUGCUAAGUUUGUUGAGGAUGUUUGGAAAGUAGGAGUAAGAGUGAAGGUUAAUGAUGAAGGGCUUGUAGGAAAAGAGGAAAUUGUGAGAUGUUUGAAUGAAGUGAUGGAAGAAAGAAGGGGGGAGUUCAUUGAAAAUGGUAAGAAAUGGAAGCAUUUGAUGAAAAUAGCAAUUUCUAAAGGUGGAUCUUCAGAUAGGAACAUUGAUGAGUUCAUAACCAAAAUCGUUAGGUCAUAAUAAUUAUGAUUCAGUUGAAGUAAAUUGUACAAAAUAAACAAAUUUGAUUGUGUAAUUUUUAUGAGUAGUUCUUUUGUUUAAAAAUAUAAGUAAAACUAGUUUUUUGCCCGGAUGAUAUUCCGGGUCAUUGCUUGUAUUUUAUUAUGGUUAUUUUUUGUUAAAUUCAAUAUAUUUUCGUCAAAAAUU